CAGCGGUUGGAGCCCGGAACUAUCAGCACGUGGCCGACGGACCCUUUUGUGAGCGGACCGGCCACUUCCGCAUCCUCCCGCCGCCGCCAUGGAGCCGAGCACGGAGGGGCCUCCGAAGCCGCUGUUCGGGGGGUGCUGGAGCUGCCGGCUCCUCAGCGGCGCGGGACUCCUCCUGGCCGCGGCCUGGAUCUACCAGGGCCCGCGGAUGAGGAUGAAACGCGGGAUCCCCCCCUCCAUGGGCACCAUCGCACAGAUCACCUUCGCCCUCAGUGUGGGGGCCUGGGGCGUCGUUAUCCUAGUGGAUCCCGUUGGGAAGCAGAUGCGCAAGGAGCCAUGAUGUCACCGGGAUACCUAUGACAUCAUCCAGAUCCCUCCUGAUGUCACAUGGACUCUCGGGGGGGGGAAUGGGGUGUAACACCCCAAUAAAGCUGCUCUGAACCCCGUGA